ACAAUAUUUAAUAAAAUGUUACUACACCUGCUCCUGUGACCUUGGUCAAAUUGUAAACCAAUCCCCCAAAAAUGUGCAUCACACUCCUGUAACCAUAAACCGAGUCCUUAUUUGGUCACUUUGGAAAUUUUAACUCCACAAACCCAGUACUAGUGAAUUAUAUAAAUGUAGGCCAAAAAUAACAUCCAGUUAUAUUAUUAAAAAAAAGUUGAGGUUUAUGUCAAACGUCUGCGUCAUUUUCCUGUAAUAGCAAUAUUAUAUAAAAGCAGUAAGGCAGCCAACAGCGUGCUCCACUGUGAUUAGAGCAGAGAGGCGUUGUUGGGUCGGUUGUGACGCUUGGGACGGCCCCCUGCACGCGGCUGCACCAAUCGCAUCCAUCUGACAGGGAUUAAGUGUCACACGGAGCUGCUCUCUCACACUCCGGACCACAACAUAACUUUUGAGAGGUGGGAAAACGCCACAAACGACUUCUCUUCCGUUUAGCAGAAGCGACAAGGACGCGCACUGGGGGCCCCGAUGGAGAAAUCCAAAAACUUUCGCAUUGACGCGCUUUUAGCAGUCGAUACGCCCAAAGUGCAGACUUCCCCGCUCGCGCUUGUGACUUCUCUGUCCUCCUCCUCCUCAAUCCCGUCUGCAGCCGCGGAGCUGACCACCAGCGCAGAGUCUUUACGCACCGAGACGCCGUCCCCGCCGAGGAUUUCCAACUGCGGGUUGAUUCCUAAACCGGGUUUCCUCAACAGUCCGCACAGUAUGGUUGGAUUACAUCCGCAGAGCACCGCAGGGAUCCCCGCACAGGCUCUCUACGGCCAUCCCAUGUACACCUACUCCGCAGCUGCCCUCACAGGCCAACACCCUGCCCUGUCCUACUCCUACCCACACGGCUCCCAUCACCAUCACAGUGAUCCCAUCAAACUGACAGCCAGCACCUUCCAGCUGGACCACUGGCUGCGCGUCUCCACGGCCGGGAUGAUGCUGCCCAAAAUGUCUGAUUUUAAUUCUCAGGCUCAGUCCAACUUGCUUGGCAAGUGCAGAAGACCAAGAACUGCAUUCACAAGUCAGCAGCUGCUGGAGUUGGAGCAUCAAUUCAAACUGAAUAAGUACCUGUCACGACCGAAGCGCUUUGAAGUGGCCACGUCCCUCAUGCUGACAGAAACUCAGGUCAAAAUCUGGUUCCAGAACAGACGCAUGAAGUGGAAGAGAAGUAAGAAGGCCAAAGAGCAGGCCGCCCAGGAGGCCGAGAAGAAAGGCACCAAGGGCGGCCAGGAGAAAUCUGACGGACUCGAACAGUCGGACUAUAACAGCAAGACAGACUCAAAAAAUGGCAGAAUAAGAGACUUCAGGGACAGUGACGACGACGAGGGCGAUAAUUUCCUGUACAACUCGUCAGACUGCUCCUCAGACGACGAGAGGAAUCACACCAGUGACAUAAGUCCGCAACCUUGA